UUCACAGAUGAUAACAAGGAACCAUUCCUCAAAGGCAAAAGAAACACGUUUAAAAGGCCAUCUUUUAUUUGUUUUUGAUAAUUUUAAAACACACAAAUGAACGAUCCAGGGCAACUACCUACAGCCAUGUGACACAGCUGUCCAUAGGCAGCUCUGAUUGUUUUGAGUGGUAUUUCCAGCCUUUCACUUCAAGAAAGCACUUCUCUCUAUGAAAAGAAGUCACGGUGAGAGACGAGAAAGAUGUGAGAGCUUCUCGGCGUGCCUUUUGCAUGAGACAGCUGUAAGAAAGGCAUCUCUUUGCUCUUUAGAGGUAAGUAUGUUAAUCAUUCACAUCCUUUCUUACAACCUCCGUACUUUGAGAGGGCUGCGGUCCCGUCGCACUCGUUUCAUCCGCACUGUGAACUUUGCGUAAAUAGGAUUUCUGCUAGAAAUCACUCCCAACCGUCUCUGCUCCCUGACGGCGCGGGCAGGACUCGCCCAACCGCCACGGCUGAGGCCCGGCCGUUGGAGCGGGGCAGCAGCAGGAGCCCGCCGCGCUUACCGCCCCGCUGUGCGGCCGUAGCGAGGCGGUGGAUGCCGCUGCUCCUCCCCCCUGCCGCGGGCAGGGCUGGCGGAGCACACCUGCCCCGGAGGAGGAGCCGAAGGGACAAAGUUGACUCGGGAAAGUUUACGAGGGAGCGUGGGUGGGAAGAGAAACAGAGCUGAGUGGAAGGGCGCUGCCCAGCCGCGGGCCGCCAGCUCCGUCGGUGCUGUGAGCGGCGGCUGCCAUGGCUCUGAGCAAAGGGCUGCGGCUGCUGUGGAAGCAGGAGCCGGGGCCGAGCGCUCUGCUGGAGGCGCGGGGCCGCCAGGACUGCUUGCUGCUGGAGGCCGGCACCAUGGCGGCGCUCACUCCAGAAGAAAAGGAUGCAAUUAAAGGACAAUAUGAAAAACUCAUGGAUGCUUAUGGCUGCUUAGGAGAGCUUCAGCUUAAGUCUGGUAACGCUCGGCUGCACUUUCUGGUCCUGGUGACGGGCUGUACGUCGGUGGGAAAAAUCCUGGACGCUGAAGUUUACAAAAUUACUGCAACAGAUUUCUGUCCUCUCCAGGAAGAAACAAAGGAAGAGGAGCGUGUAACUGCCUUGAGGAAAAUACUGAACUCUGGGAUGUUCUAUUUCUCCUGGCCUAAUGCAGGCUCAAACUUUGACCUGACUGUGCGAGCUCAGAAGCAGGGUGAUAACCACUAUGAAUCUGGUAACUCGUUCUUCUGGAACCAGCUACUUCAUGUUCCAUUCAAACACUACCAGGUGAACUGCUCUGACUGGUUGCUGAAAGUGAUCUGUGGUGUAGUGGACAUUCGCACUGUUUAUGCUUCCCACAAGAAGGCAAAAGCCUGCCUUAUCUCUCGGAUCAGCUGUGAGCGAGCUGGUGCCCGGUUUCACAUUCGAGGGGUCAAUGAUGAUGGACAUGUGUCUAACUUUGUUGAGACAGAGCAGACAAUUUACUUGGAUGACGAUGUCUCUUCCUUUGUGCAGAUCAGAGGUUCUGUUCCACUGUUUUGGGAGCAACCAGGGCUUCAGGUGGGUUCUCAUCAUUUAAGGCUUAACAGAGGUCUAGAAGCUAAUGCUCCUGCUUUUGAUAGGCAUAUGAUGCUCCUGAAGGAGCAGUAUGGAAAACAAGUGAUCGUUAACUUGUUGGGAAGCAGAGGAGGAGAGGAGGUGCUUAACAGAGCUUUCAAGAAACUGCUAUGGGCUUCUUCCCAUGCAGCAGACACUCCAAUGAUAAACUUUGACUACCACCAAUUUGCGAAAGGUGGGAAAACUGAAAAACUGGAAAAUUUACUGAGACCUCAACUGAAAUUGCACUGGGAAGACUUUGGCGUCUUUGCAAAGGGCGAGAAUGUAAGUCCACGCCUGCAGACAGGUACUUUUCGAAUGAAUUGUUUGGACUGCCUGGAUCGUACUAACAGCGUACAGUCCUUCAUUGCACUGGAGAUCCUGCUUACACAAUUGGAGAUCCUUGGAUUGAACUCUAGAUCUAUAGUUGAACGCUUUGUGGAAUCAUACAAAGCAAUGUGGACUCUCAAUGGUCACAAUCUGAGCAAAGUGUUUACUGGUAGCCGUGCCCUUGAAGGAAAGCACAAGGUUGGGAAGCUCAAGGAUGGAGCCCGCUCUGUCUCUCGUACCAUUCAGUCAAAUUUUUUUGAUGCAGUAAAGCAGGAAGCCAUCAAGCUGCUUCUCAUGGGUGACUUCUUCAGUGAGGAAUAUGCAGACAAGGGCAAGAUGCUCAUGGAUCACACUGCACUGCUGGUAACUCCAAGUAUUCUGAAGGCCAUGUCAGAGCGUCAGUUUGAAUUCACAAGCUUCAAGCGUGUUCGUGUUGCCAUGGGGACCUGGAAUGUGAAUGGAGGCAAGCAGUUUCGAAGCAACAUCCUUGGUACCAGCGAGCUGACAGACUGGCUGCUGGAUUCUCCAAAGCUCUCUGGAGUUUCUGAAUUUCAGGAUGAUGAGAACUGCCCUCCUGACAUAUUUGCAGUGGGAUUUGAAGAGAUGGUUGAAUUAAGUGCUGGGAACAUUGUAAAUGCCAGUACAACAAAUAGAAAGAUGUGGGGAGAACAGCUUCAAAAGGCUAUUUCCAGGACUCAUCGCUACAUUCAGCUGACAUCAGCACAGCUUGUUGGUGUUUGUCUUUUCAUCUUUGUUCGACCCUAUCAUGUCCCCUUCAUCAGGGAUGUGGCAAUAGACACUGUGAAGACAGGAAUGGGAGGAAAAACUGGAAAUAAAGGGGCAGUGAGCAUCCGUUUCCAGUUCUACAGUACUAGUUUCUGCUUUAUAUGCAGUCACUUAACUGCUGGGCAGACUCAGGUGAAGGAGAGGAAUGAAGACUAUAAAGAAAUAACACAGAAACUCAGCUUCCCAAUGGGACGGAAUGUGUUCUCUCAUGACUAUGUCUUCUGGUGUGGUGAUUUUAACUAUCGCCUUGAUCUAACAUAUGAGGAAGUCUUUUAUUUUCUCAAACGUCAAGAUUGGAAAACACUUAUGGAAUUUGAUCAACUACAACAGCAAAAAUCCAGUGGAAAAAUUUUUAAAGACUUCCAUGAAGGGACUAUUAAUUUUGGACCAACAUAUAAAUAUGACGUUGGGUCAGAGGCUUACGAUACAAGUGACAAGUGCAGAACCCCGGCUUGGACUGACCGAGUUCUUUGGUGGAGAAAGAAAUUGCCUUUUGAAAAAACAGCUGGAGAGAUUAAUCUUCUAGACAGUGACCUGAGUGCAGAAACUAAAGUCAGACACACCUGGACCCCUGGAGCCUUGAUGUACUACGGGAGAGCUGAGCUACAGGCAUCUGACCACAGGCCUGUGUUAGCUAUUGUAGAAGUGGAAGUCCAGGAAGUCAAUGAAGGAGCUCGUGAGAGUGUUUUCCGGGAAGUGUCAUCUUUCCAGGGACCACUGGAUGCCACAGUAGUGGUAAAUCUGCUAUCACCAGUGCCAGAAGAGAAAAAUGAUUUUCCUGAGGACCUGCGUACAGAGCUUAUGCAGAUGUUUGAGGAUUAUGGCACUGUUGUUCUGGUCAGGAUCAGUGGAGGCCAAAUGCUGGUAACAUUUGCAGACAGCAAGUCAGCACUUCGUGUUAUGGAUAUAGAUGGUAUCAAAGUCAGAGGCAGAACAGUGAAGAUCCGUCCCAAAACUAAGGACUGGCUGAAGGGACUUCAGGAGGAAAUUGCUCGGAAACGGGACAGUGUUGUCCCCAUGUCCCCCACUGCAAAUUCCUGUCUUUUGGAAGAAAAUUUUGACUUCUCAAGUUUGGACUAUGACUCAGAAGGUGAUAUAGUGGAGGAUGAAGAUGAGUAUUUAGAUGAUGCUUUGUGUCAACACCUGGAAGCAGACACGGCAGAAUAUUUGCCUGAUGGUUCUGGACACCUUUCACCCACAGCUCUUUCAACCAAGUCUGGGCAAAACUCACGUCUGUAUAAAGAUGAUGCAGACCUGGUUGAUUUGAAGCUGGACCUGGAGGCAAGCGGGGAGCAUCACCGCCCGUCUCCAAGCAGGUCUCUGUCUGUUCCUAAUAGGCCUCGGCCACUCCAGCCCCCCCAAAGGCCUCCUCCUCCUGCUGGAACAUCAGGCAAAAAGUCCUCCUCAGAUGGUUCCCUCUCUUCAGGAAGCCACUCCACCUGCUCCAUCCUGGCCACAGCGAAGCUGCUGCCUGGAGCCCCUCAGCAGCCGCCUAAAGUUCGUACUGGAAUAAGUAAACCUUACAAUGUCAAGCAAAUCAAAACCACCACUGCUGAGGAAGCAGAAGAAGCUAUCAGAUGUCUUAUGGAAGCUAAAGGAGGAUUACAGGAAGAUGCACUGAAGCCUGCUCCAACUCGAAACCAAACGUUCACCAAACCCGAGCCUGUUCCCAGCAUCACAAAGUCCCUGUCCUUUCAGGGCCCACAGGCAGGACCAGCACUUGUGCCCCAUCGGCCUCCACCCAAAGUUCCAACUACGAAGAAGCCAGUACCUCUGCAAAGGGCCGGAACCAAGAUGGAAAAUGCCGUAUCUAGAGAAGAGCGAUUUGACCAUCAGACAAUACAGAAUCCAUUUGGCUUGCCAGAGCCCUGUCUAGAAGAUGCAGCUAUUCUCAGUCCGACCAAGAUUACUCCAGUCCCUAAGCCCAGAACAUCACAACCUGGGAAGCCUCAGGAGAGCAGGGGGAGCAGUGACAAGCAGCCCAACUCCCCAAGCACAGCUGAGGCCAAUGCAGUGCCUCCCCAGAACACUUCCUUCAUCCCAAAGGUGCCACCACGAAGAAAAAAGUCAGCUCCUGCAGCUCUUCAUCUGCAAGUUCUCCAGAGCAGUGACAACUCACUUCUUCGAGAGUUAAUGUUCAACUCCAACAACAACAAUCCUGGCUGCUCCCAGCGUCAGGACUCUGAUGUCCUUCAGGUUGCCUCCACGUGCUCUGCCCUUUCAGUUCCUACGCUCUCUGCCAGCCAAGAAAAUAACACAGUCCCACAGCUGGCACCUAAUACAGAAUUGAUUACUGUAGCAGAAGGCCAGCCUCCACUGCUCUUGGAUAGCAGCUCCCUUGCAAAGAACACUAAUCUCUUGGACCUGGACACAGAUUCUUCUUGCCAUCUUUCCAGCCAGGUGCCGUCAGCAGUUUCUGCAGCACACAGUCCAGAAAACUUGAAACUCCCCAGUCACUGGGUGACAUUCAGUGAUGAUGAAGACAAUGGUGCGCUGUCAGAAGGGUUCAACAAACUGCUUAUCCUAGAACAAAACAAAAACAGCUUGGAGAAUACAAAUAAUAAUUUAGAAUUGUAAAACUCAUCCCCUUGAUGUUUCCGUAGAAGUAAUAGUAACGAUGCAAAAUUUUGCAUAAAGGUUUUUAUUUAAGGAGAUACAUCAUCUGUCCAUGCUACAUUUCAUUUUCAUGUUGUUUAAAGACAAAGAAACUGCCCCUGGAGGGAAGUGUACAGAGUAUAUACAACCUAAUGUUAUCCAGUUUGUUUGAGAAGUUCUUUAUUCUAAGUUAUUUCUUUUUAUUAAUCCACCUGAAGAUAUUUUAUUUCAGUUAGAAAUCAUAUGCAAGAACAUGUAUGGAAAAAAAAAGUUAA